AUGACUUUCCCCCGUACCCCAAUCAGGAGUGGCCGGGAAUUGAACAAGUUGAUCGAUUCGAUAAACGAGCAAUUUGAUUUGGACAUCCCCAAUCCCCUCAACUAUUCUCCAUCUAUCGGUGAAAAUAACAAGUCACUUGGCUGGAGCCUCUAUGGCCGGAUUCGAGUGUUAUACUUCAACCGCAAGGUGGACUUGAAUCGGAUCUUCAAUGACUUCGAGGAGUGGCUUGCCUCCCAGUCGGCGGUGCUACCUGCUGGGGAUGGUCGCUGGGGACAUAUACCAGGCUCAUUCGCAAACACCUCGAGAAAUAUCUUUAUCAACAACGUGAGCAGUACUAUCUCAAAGGAGGAGCGCCAACGAUAUCUGGAAAGAUUGUUCAAUGACGAGCUCUAUCUGCUCACUGGCUCCUUUCCAGCACCCAGUAAGGGCAACGAACUUCUAGAAGAGCCACCAGUCCCAUCAGGCAGCCCGCUCAAGAGAAGGCUUUCUGUGGAAGAGGAAUUUCAUACUGCUCCCAGCUCUCCGGUCAAAGAUCCAGACAGGCCGCAUUCUCCUAUAUCCAAAGAAGACGCCUGCGAUCUUUCCGUUGGAAACAUCAACAGGACCGGAUACCCAGUCUUACAGCCAUCAAACGUCACAGUACCAGUGAACAUAUUCAAAAGUCCAAAGAAAACCGACAAUGAUAAGCCCUCCAACUUUGUGGAACGCUUGAGGGGUUCCGACAGUUACCAGCGUUACGAUGCAUUGCCAACCUCCAAUGAUCGAGCAAAAUUCAGCUUCAGCACAGUAUCUGAUACUUCUUCCAGCUUCCUUGAUUCGACUACUGCUCCCUACGAGACUUCGUUCACGUCGGACACCACUGAAGCGGUCGAGUCAAUGCUGGAAACCGAAUCUAUGUACGAGGUGUCCGUAGUGGAACAUCGUCUGAGCGAGCAAGUAACAACACCAAAUCUUGCAGAGAUCCAGAACCUAGAACAAAUCGCUUGUCAGGAACCUCGCGAUUCAAUUGAGGGGCGGAUAAUGACAGACCUCCUCCAAUUCGGACCGUUCUCGCUCGAUCACCAAUACCCGAAUACCGUCUCCCUUCGGUAUAGAUAUGAACUAGAGAGGGUAGCUAGAGAGUGGGAUAUAUCCUUGGAUCGCAUGUUGGUCGGUUCUAGCAUAUCCUUCAGGACACUUGAUGAUUUCUGGCGCUGGAUAGAGGGACAUAAUCAGCGGGGAGGGAAACGGCUCCCCGAAAGGUCCUCUCGCAAGGCCUGGGAUGCUGCUACUGGCAACUUCAUGACUGACAAACAUUCAGAAGUUGUCGUCCUGACAGGGGAUAUGGAAUUGAAUCCCUUGAAGACUGAACGGACUUGUCGCUUUCACCGGCGGUUUGGAUCAGACAGGUUUCUCAGUCUGACAGUGCCGGCUCCGGCGCGGCCUCCACCGCAUCUCCGACUGCCCUCUGAGCCUACGCUCCUGCGGGAAACUCUGGGUCUAUGGCUAACGCAGAACGUCCAUCGAUGCUUGGGGAGGACGUGGAAGCCCUUUUUCGUGGAUCAAGUCACCUCGAAACGCAAGGCAGAAGAGCCCAAAUUCCGUAUUGAUUUCUUCGCAAUCGAUGGGGUUGAUUUUGACCAUGGCUCCCAUCCUAUCCCUCCUAUUGCACCUCCCCAUCAAGACAGUAGUAAUCACACUCCCAUGAGCCUAGAUGCGCUGGUUGAUUGGCACAUGCCUCGCGAAGAGAACCUCAUGCAGACCAACUGCAAAUUGUUUCAACGCUUCUCAUUGGCUCUGUCGAAAACCUACGCUACAGUGGUCCUACAACCACGACAGGUUCUACCAUUACCAGACGUAUCCCAACCUGUUAUGAAUGAUGGUUGCGCUUUGAUGUCUAGAGGCUUGGCCAAUAAGAUUUGCGAUUCGUUGGGACUGACGGGAUACACCCCAAGCGCCUUCCAAGGUAGAAUAGCAGGUGCGAAAGGGUUAUGGAUGGUCGACAAGCAUCAAUCGCACGUGUCAGCGGACGAUAAUGACGUAUGGAUACAGAUAUCUGACUCGCAGUUGAAGAUCAAGCCGCAUCCGUGCCAGUGGGAUGAAUCGGUAGACGAUGAGAAACUUACCUUUGAGGUUGUGAAAUGGUCUAAACCUUUGCAUCCCGUGAACCUAAAUAUACAGCUUCUGAGUAUUUUGGAUCACGGUGGGCAUAUCAAAGAGCAUCUUGCAGAUCUCACUAGACUAGGAAUACAAUCGGUUUAUCAGGAAUUCGCGAACGUUCUUCUAUCUGACAGCGCAGUGCUCUGCCGGAGCCUGGUACAGAAAAUCCGGCCGUCGGGUGAUGAUGGAUUUGGGCCGGUGUCCCAACGCACCUGGCGUCUCGAGAAUUGGAUGAGCAGUGACGCCGAAUUUAUCAUCCGACUCACUGAAGCUGGCUUCUGCCCGCGGAGCUUCUACUUCCUCCGUAAGCGAUUAGGGAAGUGCUUACGAGAGCUUCUGAAGCGACAUGUGGACGAACUUCGCAUCGAAGUGCCCCUCUCAACAUACGCCUUCUGCAUUGCCGACCCAUACGGGGUUUUGAAGGAGGAUGAAGUCCAUUUUGGCUUUUCCAACAACUGGCGCGACGGGAAGGGGCAAUUUGAAGAUAUCCUACUGGAUGGCAUUGACGUCCUCGUCGGUCGUCUUCCCGCCCACCUGCCCUCUGAUAUCCAGCGCCGGAAGGCAGUGUGGAAGUCAGAGCUACGACAUUUCAAGGACGUAAUUGUCUUUCCCAGUGUUGGCAGCAUACCCCUGGCACAUAUGCUCUCUGGUGGUGACUAUGAUGGGGAUACUCCUUGGAUCUGCUGGGACCAAAACAUCGUCCAAAACUUCAACAAUUCCAAAUUGCCGGAUAUAGAGUUCCCAGCAGAGCAUUAUGGACUUACCAAGUAUGCUGUAGACAUGAAAGACAUCCAAUCCAUGGAUGAAUUCCUCCAGAGCUCGUUUACAUUCAACUUGACCCUGUCGAAUCUAGGCCGCUGUACUGUGGAGCAUGAAAAGAUCGCCUACGACGACUCAAUCGACUCGGACAAGGCGAAGGAACUCGCUUGCCUCCUAAGUCACCUAGUAGACGGUCGCAAAGCAGGGGUCCACCUAUCAGAGAAAGCAUGGCAGCAAUAUCGCAAGAAGAUCAGUCCCUGGGCACGCGAACUUCCCGCAUAUAAAAAUCCCAGACGGAAGCCCAAGGAAUCCAACAUCAUUGAUUACCUCCGGUUCGAGGUCGCAACGCAGGAGCGGCACAAGAUACUGAAGAAGCUCGAGGCGGAGUUCCCGGAAGAAAAGGCACCCUUCAGCAAAGAUAAAGAUUUGGUGAGGCCAUGGUAUACGAUCCGUGAGAGAAUCAAGAAUGAAGGCCAGCGCGGGCAGUUAUUCACAGCGGCUAAGGCCAUGAGAGACAUUAUCGAGAAACUCUGCCUUCAAUGGAACCGUUCUAUCUCCCGAAGUCAGGACUCAUUCUCUCCUCACGCGCUGGACGCCGCGGGAGAGGCCAGAUCCAUCCCUCCACCAGAGGGCGAUCAUCCUUUAAUACUGGUCUGGCAACACUGCCGUGACGAAUGGCUCCGGGUCCUGGCAUCUUACACAUAUAACCAGCAUCCCGGCGCCAGCUUCGUCAUGCAUGCGUUUGGCGAGGUCCUCUGCCAGAUCAAAUCGAGCGCCCUACCGGCACGAUCAGUGACGUCGGAGAUUCUCUCUUGCUACCGCGUCAACCAGAAGGUGGUCGCUCAGCUGACCGCACAGGAUGUUGUUGAGGAAGGUGAAGAGAGGCUAGACGGGGAAUAUGAGUAUGAAGGACAUGAGGCGAUCGAAGCGAUGCAUUUUGGGAUGCGGUCGUCAGGUGGGUACUUUGAUCCGGAUGAUUGCUUGUCUGUGGAGUGAUUCGACUUGUUUGGAAAGAUUGGAUUUGGGUUCUCGUUGUGGGGACAUAUUAUGAGUUGGAUACUAGGUAGAUUUUGAUGAUAGGAUAUGAAUUAUGAAACAUGCUAAGAUUGAGUGAC